AUGAGAAAUCUAUCGACGCCUUCCUUUUUUUUGGCAUUGGUACAGGUCAUCUACCUUGGAUGGCUCCAUCCUGCCAGCGCAUUCGUGCCACAAUUACAUCAGAUUCAGCACCAUUCUAAAUCACAAUACGUCAGAAGGCAACAACAUGAUGGAAAUUCCAAAACUACGCCCCUUUCCUUUGCAUCAAAAGCCAACAACGAGGACGACGAUGUCAAUGCGGGGCCCGAAAAGUCUCGAAUGAUGGAUUAUAUUUCUCAGUACUUGGGAAAUUCUAAUAAAAACAUGGACGAGAAAGAAUCCACAACUUCACAAGUCGACGACUACACCACAUCUUCACAAGUGGACGACUCCACCACUUCACCACAAGUCGACGACGACUCGAAUAAAGACAGAUCUACCUUUUCGCAUUUAGUGGCCCUUCCGAUGGAUGCAUGUCAUGAACUCUUGAUCGAGUUGGAGUCGAUCCAACGAGCGAUUUUAUAUCAUUGUCCCAUUCUCUUGGAUGCAUGUAUUCCAGCGGCUUCGACUCGACUUCCUCUGCUGUAUGUCGAGGGUCCUGCUGGUUCCACGACAUCUUCCAUGGGAGUCACCAAAGUCUUGACGGAUUUGGUGAAAAGAUUGACUGAAAAGCAUUUGGUCAUACGGGUGGACGAAGACAGUGAGGAAGAACUCGACCCUAGUGUUCCCAGCAUUGAGGACGUCAACGAGGAUGGUAUCUGUCCUUUUACACUGGAGUUUCAAUCCUUGGAAAUUGAUGGGGGAAACAAUAAUAUUCUGAGUACAGUGGCCAAGCCCAACGAUCCGCGUACCAAGCGACUCCAAGCUUUCGUGCACGAAUUGAAGACUACCGUCGAAAAAGAGCACGGCUGGAAGGCUGUGUUUCCGCACGAUCCUCAUCCGACAGAACAAGAGACAGCUGGAGGCUUUCGGCCACGUCUCCCUUUUAUGGAACUGCCAAAUUCUUUUGACGAAAAUUUAACGAGACUACGACAACCUGAGGCCGUUAUCAGCGAUGAGGAUACUUCAUUCUUGGCUGCUGAUGAAGGGGGCAACGGAAUUUCUCCCAUUCUCUGGUGCCAAUGGUGGGACGAUACCUUUGCCCGCAAGUGCCGGCUCCGCGAAGUUGCCAUUUACCCGAAGAAUGCACCCAUGGCCAGUAUGGUCGAUACGGGGGAAUUUACUUAUACGCAAUUCUUCAUGCCCCACGAAACCAUUUCUCUUCCUGAUGGAACCGAAUCCAUGCAGCAGGCCGAACGACAGUUUGAAAAGUACCAAGGGGAAAGACUCAUCCAAGCUCAGCAAGAUUUUGAAAAACAACAGAAGGGUGAAAUGGAUGCCCAACCAGAAGCAUCCAGCACUAGUCAGCAGCCAGUGGAACCAGAUAUUCUCAUGACCAAAACUAGAGAACGCUUGGAAAACGUAUACCGAAACUCGGUCGACUCUGUUCCCAUGGACGCGGUGUUGGAGGACGUGCCUAGGGAUGCAAGUGAUGACGACGAGGAAGAGGAUUUGCAACUAGAACCUGUCACUGCGUCACCAGAUGAUUACAUGGAAGAUUGGAUGAAGGCUCGCAUACAGAAUAUCAUCGAAGAGCCAGUGAAGGAAGAAGUGUCCGAUGCGCCAGCUGAUGAACAAGUGGAAGCCAAAACUAAUGAUGAUGAUGAUGAUGAUGACGACGACGAACCAAAACGGGCCGAAGUGAUAGACGACGAUUCCAUGGACGAUUGGAUGAAGGCACGCAUACGGAAUAUUAUCGAAAAUCGAAAUAUUGUCAAAGCUCGGCAGCCAGUCAAGAAGGACAAGCCCCCAAUCGAAGAUAAUCCAGUGUUCAAGGCCUAUAAGGAAGGAAAAUUGGUACCAUUUCCCGAGGAGGACAAGAGUCCCAAGAAGAAGAAGAGAGAUCUUGGCCCAUACCCAGGUCGCGAUCAUUUUGUUGGAUUCUGGCGAGUUGAGGACAGUCCCACUGGUUUUUCAGUUGCUCCAAACAGUGCAACUUCUUCCGACAACUUUGUCCUACGCGUGGACGGAACCAUAACAGGUGGACCCACCUUGGACCAAGAGACCAGGCAAAAGGCAGCUGGAGGUACAUGGAAGUUUAUCGAAGACAAGGAAUCUGGCGAAGUGAAGCUCCGCAUUCGAUUAGUCAUUCCACCCGCCAAAAAGCGCAUUAUGGAAAUGGAAGGUACUAUACGAAGAGUGAGCGUGAAUAACGAGCUUCCAAUGACAUCACGGGCCUUUGGGGUUCCAGAUCUUGAAGAACGAAUUCAAGAAGCGAGCAAGAGUGACAUAGAAGACAUUCUUCAAUGUGAUGGAGAGGUCUUUCUCGAAGAUGCAAUCACGAAGAAGAAUAGAGAGAAUAUUGGGACCUUUUCAAUAUCAAAGAUAUCAGGUAUAGCCAAGAGUAGAAGGGAUUAUACCAUUACAAUCCCAAGAUCAGUGCGAAACCAAGACUAA